AUGAAUACAACCACUUUUACACCAUUCAUACCACCAGACGCACCGGACAAGAACCAUAUGGAAGUGGAAGAAACAACACCACAUUUCUAUAAGGAAAUGCUUCUCGAUAAACCGUUAAUCCGCCAAAAUGAUUACUAUGAGGAACACGCCACCACAAUCAUCAAAGAUGAUAAGGGAAAAAACAUUGAAGGCUCAAUCCCCCUUUCCCAGGAAGACAAGAAACGCCUAUACUUCUCAUGGCGUUUCUCUGUAAUCAUAAAGGUCUUUGGACGUAGAAUGCAACAUCAAUAUCUUCGCUCUAAACUAAUUGACUUAUGGAAACUAUCUGAACAGUUAAUCAUGAUUGAUCUAGGAUGGGAUUUCUUCAUUGUCAAAUUUAGUCUAGAAGAAAAUAUGGCUAAAGCACUACAUCUAGGACCAUGGUUUGUCUUUGAGAAUUUUCUUUCACUACGAAAAUGGGAACCAAAAUUUGUGCCACAAGAAGCUACCCUCUCUACCACAGCUAUUUGGAUUCGUCUCCCACAACUUCCAACAGAGUUCUACGACAAAGAAGUAUUAGAGAAAGUUGGUAGAAAAUUGGGCAGACUACUAAAAGUUGACUCAUGCACCUCCUCCACUUUGAGAGGAAGGUACGCACGCAUAUGCAUUUAA